CUAGAUUCUACAGUUUAGGCCAAAUACAUUUUUAGUGAAAGACAAAGUAAUGAUUAUGGUCCCAGGUGAAAAGAGAAUUCUUAUGUGAGGAUAAAAGAAAGAAAAAAUAGAAAUCUUAUGUAUAUGUGUGUCUUCCAUUACCAAAAAUGUAUAUGUGUGUCUUGGCUUAAAAGUUAAAAUAUCUUUUGGUUAUUUUUGUUGUAAGUUUGUAUACACAUUUAGCACAUGCCCGAAAACCAGCCUGAGUAUAGAAAAUUCGAAUUUGUUACGUUUUCUUCUUUCAAUCAGCCACCAACAUAUCCGGCGAUGAUCUUUCUAUCAAAUACCAAUAAUUGAUACAUGCAAAAUCUUAAUUUCUAAAAGUGUAUCAUUAUAACAAAUCAACAAUACAUUGAGGCGGAAAUAAUUCAAGAAAAUCAUCAAACUAAUGAUUACACACACUCACUCAUGUCUCAUGCACAGAUACACAUACGUAAAAUGUUAAUUGCAAAUUAAAUAAUUGAGCAACUUUGAAAUUAAAGCAACUUUGAUUUUUGUUUUCACACCAUACCUUUCUCUUGCUUUCUUGCACCAAAGCUGUUCAACAGUAACCUCACCCUUCUUCUUCUUCUUCAAAAACUUCAAUCAUGCUCCAUUCUCAUUCUUCUCCUUCUCUCUCUCUAAAUCUCUCCAAUGGGUUAUCUCUCUUGCAACGGCGAAUCCGCCGUUGCAAUCUGCGAUCCUUAUAACUGGAAUCCUCGUCGAAAAUCAAAACCGGAGAAACGUCGUCCUCCUAAGCUUCGGAUUUUCAACUAUGACGAACUCGCCGUCGCUACAAACGGCUUCUCCGCCGGAAACUUCCUCGGGAAAGGAAGUCACGGCAGAGUUUACAAAGCGGUUCUUGACGACGGGAAACUUCUCGCCGCCGUCAAGAGAACAACAAUCACCCCCGCUGGUAAUUAUAAUAAUAACGUGAGUCAAGUAGACAACGAGAUCGAGAUUCUUACAAGAGUUCGUCACCGUUGGAUGGUCAACUUAAUCGGUUACUGCGUUGACCACCGGAGAAAAACAAAGCUGUUAGUCGUCGAGUACAUGCCUAACGGUACGCUUCACGAUCAGUUACAUUCUCGUAGUUCGUUACCGGUCAGUUGGAAUCGGAGAAUCAAACACGCGCUUCAGAUCGCGAUUGCUGUCCACGCUCUUCACACCGCGGAGACUCCGGUGAUCCACCGUGACAUUAAAUCGUGUAACAUUCUCAUCGACGGUAACGGUAACGCUAGAUUAGCAGAUUUUGGAUUAGCGUUGAUCGGAAACGUUGACGAUGAGCGUUUGAAAUGUACUCCGCCGGCGGGAACGUUGGGGUACUUAGAUCCGUCGUAUUUAGCUCCGGCGGAUUUGACGGCUAAGAGCGAUGUUUUCAGCUUUGGGAUAUUGUUGUUGGAGAUUAUUAGUGGUAGAGAAGCCAUUGAUUUGAAUUAUAGUCCGUCGUGUAUUGUAGAUUGGGCGGUGCCGUUAAUCAAACGCGGCGAAUUCGCCGCGAUUUGUGAUUUGAAGAUUAAGAACCGUCCUUAUUCCGCCGUGAUUCGGAAACUGGUGAUGAUGGCGGCGAGAUGUGUGAGAUCGACGGCGAAGAAACGUCCUGAUAUGUUAGAGGUGGUUGAGUGUUUGAAAACGGUGAGGAAGUUAUCUCAGGCUUCACCGGCGUGGAACAGGCUGCGGCGGAGGAGUGAAGAGAGAUCGGAAAAUGUUUUCGGGGUUGAGGAAGAAAAGGAAGAGAUUCAUGUGAGGAUUGUGAGAGGAGGAAGCAGGAAGAACCGGAAGGUAACGAACGUGACGUGUGUGGAUGAUGUAUACGAGAGAAUAGUUCCGGAGGAGACGCCGCCGUUUCGUCGUCGGAAUUUUGUGCUGAGGUCGAGAUCAGUGGGAGCGAAAGUCGGACCGGAUCCAAACGACGGCUUUGGUGAUCAGGUGGUGGUUACAAUGAGAAUAUUUAUCGAGAAAGAAAGACCGGUGACGACGGCGGCGAUGAGACUGAGCAAGUCGAGGUCGGUGGGGAUUGUACGUAGUUACAAAACGGCGUCGCGGAAGUGAUAUUGAGUGUUUUACAAAAGUCAGCAAUUUGUUUGACCGUUGCCUUUUUUGUUUUCCUUCUAUUUUUGUUUUUCUCUGUCUCAUUUGUUUUGUCUUUUUUUUAUUGAGCUGAUAUUGGGGUUUUUACUCUUUUUUUUUUUUUUUGUAUUGAAUAAAAAUUGUGUUUGCUACGAAUUUUUCAAAGUGAUUACUGAAAAAGUUUUUAAAAAGUCAGAAAGGGGAAUGGAAUAGACUACUUGAACAUUAUAAAGUUGCAUAGAAAAUUGAGAGUUGAA